UAAUGGAACUAUCGCUGUCUAUUAAAGGAGUGAAGGAUUUGAACGAAAGGUCUCUCUCGUUGAAGUGAUGCAGCUGAAACAGCAUGAAGAUUUUUCUCCUCAGUCGUUUUUAAAUGUGCACCCCGACCGCUUUGCCAGGUUGGCAUCUCGCUGUCCUGCCCAUCUCGGACUUUUUGUUGCGCCCCUAGCGGUAUGGCGCUCGGGAGACGGAGAUAGCGGCAUCCUGUUGAAUACGUGCUCAGGCUUUCGCGUCAAUGCCAAGCUCGCUCCUUUCCACGACUCCCCACCUGUCGAUGCCUUUGAAUUGUGACGUGACGUGCGGUGGGCUCUAUAUAAACCGUAAAUCCCGACCCUGUUACUCACUCACGACAAUGUACCUGACAGCUCGGGGUCGCUGCGCAGUAUUUCGUUGUCUCUACUCAUCCUCCGUUGCUUGAAAUACAGUUACUGGAUCUUUUUUGUGCUGGAGUAUACUACUGUUUUAUGAAUGCCCCGAUGGAGGUGUUAAGUAGUUUGAGCAGUUCUGGGCACACGAAUGUAUCCACUUUGGUGGCCAGCUGGAACCUAAGCACGCAUAUCCUAAAGGGAAACGUCACCGAGAUGCCCAUUUACAACAGAAGGAUCCGAAUUAUCUCUCUGACUGUCAUCUUUGCCAUCGCGCUCGUAGGUAACUCCACAGUGCUGCAUAAGAUUUGCUGUGGGAAAACCAAAAAGAGGAAAAUUGACUUUCUUAUCACGAACCUGGCGCUGGCUGACGUCUGCGUCUCAGUAAUGACUUUGCUCUCGCAGAUAAUCUGGGAAGUUUUGGAGGACGAAUGGGUGGCAGGGGACCUGGCUUGCAGAGUUUUUAAAAUCUUUCAGGUAUUUGGGCUGAUCGCCUCGUCCAAUAUCAUUGCCAUCAUCGCGCUCGAGAGACACCAUGUCAUCUUGCACCCCCUGGAAUCUCCUCUGCCCGCAAAACUGCUAGCAUCCCUGGGCUGGCUCGCCGCUCUCCUUCUUUCCAUUCCCCAGGCUUUUGUGUUCAAAGUGAUUCAGGCGAAAGAUAAAGCUAAAUGCGUCAGUGUCUUCGCCAACCUGCCAACCUGGCAUUUCCAGGUGUACAUCAUUUAUGGCUCUAUUACUGUGUUUUUCCUCCCAUUCUGCAUCUUGUGCGUGGCGUACACACGGAUUCUAUGGACCAUUUGGAGGAAAGAGCAACCUGUGGAAAGCGCCUAUGAGGAGUCCAGGUGCGCCGAUCCCAAGUAUUUAAGGAGACCCGUGAAGAUCACAGCUACUAACAGCUCUAUCCCCAGGGCUAAAAUAAAGACUCUCAAAAUGACCCUGGUUAUCAUUAUUCUGUUUAUAAUAUGUGGGCUGCCGUACUUCAUCAUUGAAAUGAAAGUUGCUUUUGGAAGUAGCACGCACCUGGACGAAGUGGUGACAGCAGUUCUGGGGAUAUUUGUGGUCACUAACAGCGCUGUGAACCCGUACGUGUACCUCUUCUUUAAAACCAACAACGUCCUCCUGAGGAAGGUGGAAAAAAACUUGUGUUUCUCCUGCUUAAAGGACUACCGAGAGAACACCUUUCACAGGGAGCUACUAGCCUACCCAUGGAGGAAAGUAGAGCAGUCGGCGGGCGCCACCAAUUCGGACACGGAUACCUCCACACUGCCAUCGAUGAGCUGCUCGAAGCCCACAGGCUCCCUUAGUGACAUUAACUCGUGUGACAGUUCCACCUGAGGCAGCAGGUCUGGGGAUCUGGGCUGUCACAACGGCCAGGAAAACCCAAAAAACAACGGACACCUUUCCGCCUUAAUUGUGUGUGAUAAAGUGAACACAGACGCUCGACAGUAAUCGUGUGUGUUUAACUGGGAAGCCCUCGUCCCGCAGAUCGCCGGUAACGGUUCAUUCAUUUUGCUGCAAUCUGUGUGUAAACUAUGGGGCUGCAUGGUAAGAUUAUGAUUACUGAUAACAACGUUAGAUUAGCAGAAAUGUUAACUGCAGAAAAGAAGAAGACCCCACCAAUCAAGCCUAAUUCCACCAUGUCUCCAAGAGAGUCUUGCAGACAGAUGUUGUCAUAAAUAAUUGAAUGUCCCCUCAGCAUUCUGAAUCUGUCAAACUGCUAUUUUGCA